UCUCGAACUCAUGACCUCAGGUAGUUCACCUGCCUUGGCCUCCCAAAGUGCUGGGAUUACAGGCGUGAGCUACUGCAACCAGCUACUAUAUUUCUUUAAUCGCUUUUCAGUUACACCUACUGUUCUGAAGUUAAACGUAGCCAUCUCUUUGGCGUAGCUUCCCUUGCUGGGAACUGCUGCCGGCUGCUUGUGUCAACCGAAGGGUAUUUGUAACGGAUUCUUUUAACAGCCACAGCACCAGUGAGGGCCAGCGACAGAGGCUGCUUUCACACGUUCUAUUCCAGGCCCAAGCCAAUCUUUCUAACUUCUAAUUUAUAAGGAGCUGAAGGUUUCAAGUAGCAGAAGUAGCUGGGCAGGGGACAAGUGAUGCUGUCAUUUGGGUGCUUUUAUCAGAGUCUGAAGAGGGGAGAGUCCGUCGGCAAUGCUAACUCCUCCGUCACUCCUGGGGCUGCAGCCUCUCAUGAGAACCCGAGCUCAGAACCCCUCAUAGCGGCAUGCUUUGCUCUGGAGGUUCUGGGGAGACAGGGAAGAGGCACUGCCCCUCCUACCUGGCCUGGUGACAAGGUAGCGGACACUCAGAAUGUACUUUUCUGCCUCUUAAGGGUCCCACAAACUUACAGCUUUCCAGGUCUCCAAGCUUCUGGGCUGGGAUGAGUUGUCUCGGAGGACUUGGAGAAUCCCAGUUCCUCGUCCGGUCAGACAUGUGCAUUAAUCUGACAAACUAUCACUUUUCUUGGCUUAAAAAGGCCCAAAUCGCUACUAGUUUGUGGGUGAGGGGUCACUUAAUCCAGUCAUCCUGAUCUACCAAUACUUUUUCCCUCUCAGCUUUAGUGUAAAAGUUGCAAUCUGGUCUUGGAUUUGCACUCCUGGGGUGGAGUCUUAUCUCCUCCGUCCCCUUAGAGCCAUGUGAUGGCAGGUGUGUAGUUACCUCGCUUCUGUACGCCCAGUGUCCCAGCAGAAUGGAGAUAGCAGUGGAAGUUGGAAGCAUUAUGAGGCCACUAACCCACUCUCACCCCCAAACUGUCAUUCCUUCUGAAGCAUCCUAAGAGUAAGGAGACAGGAAGGAGAGAAUACUGCACGAGCCCACCAAUUUCGCACAUUGCCACCAGCACCAUCACCGCUUUUGAACUAUGGGGCUCCAAACUCAGAAGUCUGAGUGUCCAAGUGUCCACUGAUUUUUCUCCAUAGCCUGCCUCUCCAGCUGUGACCCCCAUAAGUGAUAUCUGAUACCUCCCCUCGCCCCACCCCCAUCCUCUCCUUCCUCACACUCCCUUCCAAUCCUCCACUUUCCAGGCACAGAACUGUGGACCUUCUGCCGCCACUGAUGUGCCUCUGGCCACACCCACCCAGAGAUUCUAAAACCUGGAAUAAAACACAUUGUGGGGGAGCUUUCAGUAUCUUAGGACCUCACCUGUCAAGCCGAUUAACAGCCUGAGCCCACGGGCAGAGACAGGCUGGCAGGGAUGGAGGGAAGGUGCCUGUGAACUGGGAGGUUUGUUUCAAAGCUGUGUUGGGGUGGUUUGGGAGGUGCUGGUAGAGAUGAUGGUGCCCAAACCUGUCACCCCAACCCAAGCUCUGGUGAGAAGCGUUUCCCACCACCUACCAGGUUUCCUUGACUCUCCCCUGUAUCCACAGUGCAGUUCUCUGAGGCCACCAACAGUCAACAGGGGGAGGCAUUGCUGCUGCCUGGGAGACUGAGGCAGCGGGGGGAGGGUGAUGCUGUCCUGCUGUGACUGUUGGCACAGGGCACAUUUGUGUUUACCCACAUUUGAAUGUGCUUUGGAGCUAACCUGGGGCCAUAACCAUCACACACCUGGUUUCCAUCAGAAAAGCGUAUCUGAUGGGAAGUACUCUGUGGAGCUCUAAGCAGUUGAUGAUUAUCCUGAAGUAAUGCAGCGACGGCACACAUGAAACGUUGACUUUUUGUUCCAUCACUUUGCAAUUUUUCAAUUAUUUAUUAAACAAACAUUUGAAUAUCGUAGGAUGUCUUCAUGUGUCUACAACCAGAAUGUAAAUUGCCAGUGAAGAUUUAUCUCAUUAAUUCUGAAUCUCUGCUACAGUGAUAAAUAUAUUGCUUUGCUCACAGGAAUCAUUAAAGGGACUUAAUAUCUAAUACUUGCUAUGUAAUCAGCAUUAUAUAGCUGAAACUGAACUAUUUUGCCUGUUCAUAGAUACUGAUAGAAUUAAAUUCAAAUAGAAUUUGAAAGUGACUCCUCAAGGGGUGGCUGUGAACACUAUGUAAGAUUCACCGAAGGUCUUUUCUCCACUCUCAGCUCCAGCCCGCUUUUCUCUGUGAAGCAGGAUGCGUGGGGCAGCAGAGCUGUAUUUACUCGCGGUGCCCUUCCCGCUGUCUCGAAGGCACGGGGAAGGCUACAAGGGAUUUUCUCUCAAAUGUGCAGGGCCUCCACCUAUGACUCCGGAAGGCUGCCGGCUCCCCCAGGGGGCUGCUCCUGGCUUUCGAUGAACUAAAUUAACCUCGGGCCACCACCGGAGCGCCAGCUGGGGGAGCCCCGGGAUGCCUGGCGCGCGCUCUGCCCUCCGCUGUCCUGGCACUUUGCUCCCAUUCAACAGUCGGUGGUGACACCAGCUGGGCACAGCCCGGGGCCUGGCAGGGCUGCGUCCUUAGCGAGCGCGCUGGGCUCCUCCUCCUGCCGGCCCGGCCCGCGUCUCAGCCGUGGGGACCCGGGGGCGCCGCGACUCGCCCACAGUUGGACGGCGGGAGGCGGUUCCCGCAGGGUCCAGUCCCGGAAGCACCGAGUCAGAGGGGAGCCCCUGGCCCCAGGAGGAGGGGAGGGUGGGAGCUCCUCUCUUGGAGUCCCCGGGUUUGGUCGCCGGGAUGUGAGGAAGCCGGAGAGGCCGCGGCGGGACGCAGGUGGGUGUGGCGGAGCAGCCCGAACUGCGGGGACCCGCUCCGCGCACAGUGGCUGAGCGCCCGCCUCUUCUUCUAGCGGCUGAGGAUCCCGCGUCUCGGCAGCACCAUGCCCUUCCCUCCCAUGCAGCCGCAGACCGCCCCCGCACCGGGGGCCCAAGCCGCGCGCCACUUACCCCGGAGGCCCUGCGCCGCGGGGGACAAGAAGAGGCCCCCACAGAGGCCCGAGGGGUUCCUCUCCAGCUCCUGGCCCUCCGCCACGCUCAAGAGGCCGCCGGCCCGGCGCGGCCCCGGCCGGGACAGGACGCAGCUGCCGGCCCCUCCGGGCGUCUCCCCCCAGGCCUCGCCCUGCCGCUCGCUGGCCCCAGCCACGUGCGCCCCGCCCCGGCCAGCCGGCUCCGGCCACAGCCCGGCGAGGACCACCUACGCGGCGACCUCAGCAGGGACGGGGACCACCGCCGCAGGGACCUCUUCGGGGACGGGCGCCGGUCCCGACACCGCUGCGCGCUUCUCCCUGAACCUCACCCCGGAGGCCGUCCUGGUCAUCCAGAGGCGUCAUCUGGAGAAGCAGCUGCUGGCGCGGCCUCGCAGGCCCUUCCCCUCACCCUCGGCCGAACCCAGGCGCCUACUCACUCCCUGUCCCCGGGCUAGGGCCGCGGGCCUGCGGAGGGGUGGCCCCGCCAGCGACCCCGACGCAUCCCCAGCAGCUGGCCUGGGCCGCCGCGACCCUCUGCCCCGCGCCCAGCUGCUGUCCGGCGGCCUGCAGGUUCCCCAGCUCAGCCCGCGGUCGGGGGCCCUGCGCCCGAUGCUCAAGGUGUCGCUGCUCAACGAGCGGCACAGGUACGACGACGUGGAGUACGAGGAGGAGCCCGAGGCGGUGGACGAGGGCCUGGUGCGCAAGUGCACGGAGUGGCUGCGCGGCGUGGAGUCGGCGGCUGCCGCGCGGGGCCGGGCCGGGGCCCUGGACUCACGGCGGCACCUGAGCACGCUGUGAGCCCAGCUGUCCUGCGGGGACAGGCCAGACCUGAUCCCACAUCACCUCCUGCACGCACCACUCCGCCUGGGGACCCUCGGGGGAGACCACAGGCUCCUCUGGCCGCCAGCGCCCACUUCCGGGACACCCGUGAGCAAGCUGGCCCGCGUGGGGUGCAGCCAGACUCGCCCGACGGCCACGGCCCCCCUCCUGCCCUCACCAGCAGGCAGCCCGGGCCUUUCUCGGUCACACUGGUGGUAUCUAUCCCAGUCGCUCACCUCUGCCCCACUCUGGCCUCCUUUUGGCGUCCCCGAGUGUCCAUGCAGUUCGUGGGGAAUUAAGCAACUGAGAAAAUGCCUCUCGGCGCCCCCAGUCCCAGGGUUCGUCUAGGUCCCAGAGACCCUCUGCCUGGAGGCGGGCCUUCCCCAGGGCUACAUCUGCACCCCCUGCGGUGUCACCCUCAGCCGUUGCCGGGCACCCUGGACAGUGCGGUGGGCGAUGGCCCAGGGUAGGUGGCCGCGACGGUGGCCUCCUGCAGAGCUGGGACCCGGUGCUACAUUUGUGAUUUUGUUUUCUCCCAAGUCAGAAAAAUGUUGAGGGUAUUAGAAAUCCCUGAAACUCAGUUAACCGAGUUUCCAGUCGCCAAAGCGGAAGGGUAGGCAUCGCCAGGCGCUGGUGAACCCCGGUCAAUGAGUGCUUCCAUGGAAACCGCUUGGCUGAUUACAUUUUUUCGGUGUAUUAUUUGAAUAGAGAGUAAAGCUCCUCUGCUGUUUCGUAACCAUACCCUUUCCCCCGCUAACUGGAGGCUGAUUUCUACAUAUUUCUUCCAUGUAUCUGAGAAUAUCUAACUCGAAGGAUGAGAAGGAAAUAAAAUGUUAUAAUCAGAUAAGGCUGGUUAUAGAAGAGUAAUGUAUUACCUCAAGUUUUGACUUACUUUGUAAAAGCCAAUAACUGGUUUAAUGUUUAUCUUGAUAGACUUUAAAUGUAUCGAGUCCUAAUUGUAUUUUAAAUUGAAGCCUUACAUUUUUAAAA